AAGAUUUCUGUCCUGUUCUUUUGUCCAAAUCCGGAUCGUUGGACGACCCGGUGCCGUUGAAUCGACUUUUUUCUGGUCUUCUUCUUCUUUACUAUCUGUCGUGUAAAGUUGGCCUGUAUUUUGCUAUGGGUAAAGUAGGUGCUGCUGAUAUUUGUCCACAAAAAGGAUGAGCAGCAACAGAACACGAGUCGUAUUAUACGUACAAACAUAUAUAAAAAGAUACCACAUGAUUUUUGUGUAAAGAAAUCAAUGCAGAAAAUCCGCCUCCGUGUGUAUGUAGUAAUAAUCGGGAAGUUUGUUUAGUUUGUCCAGUCCAGUUUAGGUAAUUGUUGUGUGCGUGUAAGUAAUAAGUGUUAAAUUGUUGUGUAGAGAAAAUUGUAUUUGUAUUUGUUGUUUUUAAGAAAAUUGUAGAAUAGUAAGUAAGUAAAUUGUGCUCAUCUCUACUUAAGGAUCGGCAGUUAAGAAAAUCGGGUUAAAAAAGUGGGCGAUAAGUAGUUAAGUUAAGAUAUUAUCUUUCUCCAUUCCAUAUUUUAGGUAGUUUUUGUAGAAAGAAAUGGAGGCGAUGAUAGGAAGACGAUUUGCAAUAUGAGAAAAAAGUUUGGAAAAGAUUUUCGUUAAAUGUUAAGUGUGUUAUGCAAAAUUUGACGGGGAGAAUUUAUCUUACGGGUGGAAGAAGACGUGUUAUCUAAUUAGUCAAGCUGACUGAUUUUGGAUUUAGAGGAUGUGACGUGUGUGAUAUUAAAACAAGUGCCAAAAUUUUAAUCAUCUGUUGACUUUUGUUAUUAAAAGUAAGUAGUGUUUAAGAACAGGUGGAAGAAAGAGGAGGAGGUCAGUUAGUUUAAGUUACUGAAGUCUUCCAGGAUUUUUUUUCAAUAAUCCGAUUAGAUUUAAGGUCUUCGUAACAAACCUUGUGUUUGUUUUUAGUUAAUUAUUCCGUUAAUUAUUAACCUUCACGACGUUACGUUCAUUCAAAACGACGAUGAGUAGCCGCAAGAGUGUGGACCAUGGUGGUGGGGGCGGCGGCGGCGCGGGAGGAGUCGGAGAUGAUAAGCCCCAACGAAUGAUCUAUCAAUGGAGCAUAAUGGGAGAGCAUGGCGGCGGAGGGGACGACGACGGGAUGGGUGGCGACAUCAACACCAUGUUCGGCCUGCGCCAACGCGGUCGAAAAGGCGCCCUCAAGAAGAAGAACGUUUACGAAGUUAAGGAUCACAAGUUCAUUCCGCGCUUCUUUAAACAGCCCACGUUCUGCUCGCACUGCAAAGACUUUAUCUGGGGUUUUGGAAAACAAGGCUACCAAUGCAACAUCUGCAGCUUCGUGGUGCACAAAAGAUGUCACGAAUUUGUCUCGUUCACCUGUCCUGGAGCUGAUAAGGGGGCGGAUUCUGAUGAUUCGCGAACGAAGCACAAAUUCAAAGCGCAUACUUAUGGAUCGCCAACUUUUUGUGAUCAUUGCGGUUCCCUCUUGUACGGCGUGCUGCAUCAAGGAAUGAAAUGCACAGCAUGUGACAUGAACGUGCAUAAACGAUGUGAGGAACAAGUUCCAAAUUUGUGCGGGUGCGACCACACCGAACGAAGGGGGCGGCUCGAGCUGAAAAUCACCUGUGUCGGGAACAAGCUUACGAUUGAUGUUCGCCAAGCCAAGAACUUAAUUCCGAUGGAUCCCAAUGGUGCAAGUGAUCCGUACGUGAAAAUGAAACUAAUCCCGGACGAGUCUGGGCUAAAGAGGAAGACGAAAACGAUCAAGAACAAUCUUAACCCGGUUUGGAAUGAGACACUCGUUUUCGAGUUGAAACCAGAGGACAAGGAUCGUCGUCUCUUAAUCGAAGUGUGGGAUUGGGAUCGAACAUCACGAAAUGAUUUCAUGGGGUCGCUUUCCUUCGGGAUAUCGGAAGUGCUCAAACAGCCGGUUGACGGAUGGUUUAAACUGUUGACACAAGAGGAGGGCGAAUUUUACAAUGUUCCCGUUCCCGAGGAGAGCGUGGAUCUGUUGCAGGUCAAGAAUCAAAUGCGGGGGACCACGAUUCACACGCGGAGUCCGAGUCAGAAGUCGUCCAUCUCCGUGGAGCGACGCGCGCCGACAGUCGAGGACAAAGAAGUUCCACACAACAUGAACAAGAAGGAUGUCAUUCGGGCGACGGAUUUUAAUUUCUUGAUGGUUCUUGGAAAAGGAAGUUUUGGAAAGGUGAUGCUAGCCGAGCGGAAGGGGACGGAUGAGCUGUACGCGAUAAAGAUAUUGAAGAAGGACAUCAUAAUUCAGGACGACGACGUGGAGUGUACGAUGGUGGAGAAACGUGUCCUCGCACUUUCGAGCAAGCCGCCCUUCCUGGUCCAGCUCCAUUCCUGCUUCCAAACCAUGGAUCGGCUCUAUUUUGUCAUGGAAUACGUAAACGGAGGAGAUUUAAUGUUCCAAAUUCAACAAUUUGGGAAAUUCAAGGAACCCGUGGCAGUCUUCUACUCUGCAGAGAUUGCCAUCGGCUUGUUCUUCCUGCACUCGCGCGGCAUCAUCUACCGCGACCUAAAAUUGGACAACGUCCUCCUCGACCAGGACGGUCACAUUAAAAUCGCCGACUUUGGCAUGUGCAAGGAAGGCAUUCUCACGGACAAGACGACCAAAACCUUCUGCGGUACGCCGGACUAUAUCGCUCCCGAGAUAAUCUUAUACCAACCGUACGGAAAAUCUGUCGACUGGUGGGCGUACGGCGUCCUGCUCUACGAAAUGCUCGUGGGACAGCCCCCCUUCGACGGGGAGGAUGAAGAAGAGCUCUUCGCCGCCAUCACGGAUCACAACGUGUCCUACCCGAAGGCCAUGAGCAAGGAGGCGAAAGAAGCGUGCAAAGGUUUCCUCACAAAAAAUCCGGUGAAACGGUUAGGCUGUGGAGCAAAGGGGGAGGACAAUGGAGAAAACAACGUCCGGGUCCACCCCUUCUUUCGGAGGAUCGACUGGGAAAGGAUUGAAAAUCGGGAAGUGCAGCCACCCUUUAAACCCAGAAUUAAACAUCGCAAAGACGUGUCCAACUUUGAUAAGCAGUUUACCCUGGAGAAAUUGGAGUUAACUCCGACGGAUAAGCUAUUCAUGAUGAACUUGGAUCAGACCGAGUUCCAAGGUUUUUCUUUUCUGAAUCCGGAAUAUGUCCAACACAUUUGAAAGGAGAGGAACGCACUUCGAGGAAUUAUUCAGCCCACGAUUCAUUCCAUCGUUUCUUGGAUUAGUCAGACUAAGACGACCCUUUUUUCCUCAACUGUACCUUCAACUUCGUCAUCUGCUAUGUCUUCUUCUUCUCCUUCAAGCAUGACGCCAACUAUGACCACAUCUGCACCUGAAACUUGAAAAUGAACCUUCUGUGCCAUCAUCAUACUCGAUCUUGUUCUUCUAUUACAUCCGGUUUAUUUUUCUUGUCCGCGUGAUUGUAGUGCGUUUCGUCUCGAUUUUUCAGAUUCCUCGUCAUUUCCUUUGAAAGUACAUAAAUGUGGAGUUACAAUUUUUAAUUUCUUCAUCUUCUUCCAUGUCACUGUUUAAGUUUUGGGAAAUGUCCAUAUUUUCGAAUUGAUUGUGUUGUGACACAGAUUUCUUCAUGACCACGAAUUAUGUGCUGCUGCAAUCACAACUAUAUUCACAAAAAAGUAUGUAAAUAUGCAUCCCAACUAACUACGUAAUUAAUUAACUAAUUAUAUAACACUGUGUCUGAAUGUAUUUUAGCUUAGUGUAUAAUGGAUUAAAACAAGCUAACUCGUUGUGGGAAAUGGGACACAUUAAAUGAUUUUGAAUUUAACUAACUAAAACUAACACAAUUAAGGAAAAUGUACUAGUAAAAUUAAAACCAAAUGAAAAAUGCAUGCUCGAAAAACCAGAUGCCAAUUUAAACUCAUGAUUUCACAUUAUGAUAAAAUGUUGACAAUGCUGUUUUUACCUGAUGUUUGUCCUGCAAAGUUCAAUUCUGCUUAAAAUUAUGAUUAAGGACUUAUCUGUAAAUUGCUUCUAAAUAUAUGUGUGCACUAGUCAAAAAGUUAGUAAACUUGGAAUUAAUUGCAUGAUUAAUUAAUUAAUUAAUACUUGUACAUACAUGUUUAAUUAUUGUGGAGGACUCAAGCCAACCACACGUAAAUUUAAGUGUGAUUAUGUGUUAUGUAAAUGUUUCUCGAUACGCCCUGAUAAGAGCUUACCCGUCAUCAAUUCGUCUAUUUGACUACACUAUUUACACCACCCCCCUCACCCACCACCACCAUCUUGUAACUAUAUAUAUUCCAUACCAUAUACUCUACAUUGACAAACAUUGACAUUACCAUGAUUAAUUAAUUAAUUAAAAUUAAUUAAUGAAACUUUUCAAUCUAAAAAAAGUACUCUGAUUAUUAUCCGCACCACAAAACAAUCCACAGUUCCGUACUGAUGAUAACCUACAAAUAAACUGUAUAAAUACUAAUAAACUUCACUUAUAAACUGUUACAUACAUGUACAAGAAAACCUCAAUCAAAAAUAGUUCUCACUUUGAACAAACACUUUUCAACCUCUUACUCAAAAACAGGAUUCAAGAUAUUGUUACGUAUAAUUAAUGACGAGAAGAUAAGGUUAAUUAAAUACAUACAUGAUAACUAUGUGAGAUUCCAGUUUGAACUUGGUAAAUAAAUAAUCGUGAAAAAAUUG